UUUCUACGUGUCUCAUUCCCAAAUCUCUAUAAAUUAAACCCCUUCUUAAUGCGAAUUCUCUACAACUACACAUCACCUACACCAACUAGCUAGAACAAUUAACCAAGAACUUCAAAAUGGGCAAGCCAGUUAUUAAGCCUUUGGUGGUGCUCUUACUUUCACUUAUCUUGGUGAGCGAGUGCGCGGCGAUUCAUAGUCAGAAAAGGCGAAUGGGGCAGCGAGUGAAGUUAAGUUUGGAAGAAUGUGGUGAGCUGGAAAAGCUGGAAGCCAUUGAACCGGAUUAUUACCGCAUUGAAGCAGAAGGUGGUGUGACAGAGUCGUGGAACCACACCAACAAGAUGCUCCGCUGCGCCGGCGUCGCACUCGUUCGCCGUACCGUUAAACCCGGUGGCCUCGUCUUGCCAUCCUACACUAAUGCUCCACAGCUUAUGUACUAUGUCCAAGGAAGUGGCAUUCAGGGGAUGACGAUAUUUCCUUCAUGUCCCGAGUCAUUUGAAGAACCCGAAGAAGCGGGUCAAGAAUACAGAGAGCAGCAUCAGAAGGUGCAUGAAAUCAGAGGAGGCGAUAUCAUAGCCAUACCUGCAGGAAUAGGUUACUGGUUCUACAACAACGGUGAUGUUCCCCUUGUUGUCGUUAUCCUCCUUCACACUAAUAACGUCGCUAAUCAGCUAGGCACACUCCCAAGAAGAUUCUACAUUGCUGGGAAUACGGAAGAUGAACAUGGAGAGGGCGGAAGAGAGAAAAGCAUUAGCGGAAGGAACGUGUUCAGCGGAAUCAGCCUGAAUUUGUUGGCCCAGGUGUUUGGUGUGAGGGUAGAGACGGCGAGGAAGAUACAAGGCCCUGAUGAUAAGAGAAAGAACAUAGUCAUGGUGGAGGGAGGUCUUGAUGUUGUUAGGCCCGAGCCAGGCUCACGGGCCAACGCUAACGGCCUUGAGGAGACUAUAUGUACCCUCAGGGUCCGAGAGGCUGUCGGCAGUGCUGCACGUGCAGAUAUCUAUGUGCCGCAUGCCGGUCGUAUUGCCACUCUUAACAGCAUCAAGCUCCCUAUCCUCGCUGAUCUCCAACUCAGUGCUGAGAGAGGCGUUCUUUACAAGUAUGGUGUUUAUGUUCCACAUUGGAACCUGAACGCCCAUAGCGUAAUGUACGUGACGGGAGGGCGUGGUCGAGUUCAGGUGGGGGAUAACAAAGGGAAGAAUGUUUUCGACAACGUGAUGGAAGAGGGUCAAGUUGUAGUCAUCCCCCAGAACUUUGUGGCGGUGAUGCAUGCUGGGGAAGAAGGGUUCGAGUGGAUAGCAUUCAAAACAGGUGAGAACGCCAUGAUCAACACCUUGAUCGGAGAAUCAUCGGCCAUCAGGGUGCUGCCAGUCGACGUGGUUGCAAACAUGUAUCAAGUGAGCAGAGAAGACGCUCAGAGGAUCAAAGAGGCAAGAGAUCAGGCAAUCUUGUUUACCUUGCCUCCUCUUGAGGAGGAGACAGAUGGAAUGGCUAAGGCUUAGUUAUCUUUUGAAGGAGAAAAGAAUGGUGCUUGCAUGGUAUGAAUUAUAAUAAAGUAAUUUCUCUUUCUCUAAUGAUGUAUCAAGAGGUUUAACAUGCCGUAAGUAGUUUUUAGUUUGGUAUAUGCAUGUAUGCAGGGAAGAAUAAGAAAAGGCCUUAUUUAUAUAUAUGGCUAUAUGUUAUAUAUGAUGUGAUGUGGGCAUCAUCACUAUGUUUACUAAUAAUAACUUUUUA